AUGUACCGAAGAAUAUACUUGUCACUUCCAUGGUUGGAAGUAACAUUGAUAGCUCCAGGAAACUAUACUGCUAAAUCCAAUUCUUAUCGAUCAAUUCCACAAAUUAUUUUUGAGAAUGAACCCCUUGGCCUUGACAAUAAAUCUUCUGAAAUAAAUAAGGCUUUCCUUGAUGAUGAUUAUACAAGGUUAUCUUCCGUUGUAAAAAAAGUUGCCAUUCUAUCUUACGUAUCUUUUUAUAAUAUCUAUAAACAAGUUGCCGAAGAGAUCAAUGUUGAUUUAUUUUUUUGUGACUAUGUAAUGAAUUAUCCGUGCUUUGAUCUCGCUUGGAAAUUGGGAAAGCCCGUUGUUGGAAGUUCCACUGAUCAUUCUUAUUUACCUCAUCCGCCAUAUUUAUCGGAUCCUAUAUAUGGUUGCCAUGUAAAUAUGGAAAAUGAAUCUUUCUAUAACAGAUUUAAAUGUGCGAUCAUAAUACCUUUAAAACAUGCCUGGAGCGCAAGGGAUACUAUAAAGGGUAUUAAUGCUCAAAGAGCACUUGUAGAUAUAGAUCCAUUUUGGGACAUAAGAGGACGCAUAUCAAGUCUUUUAAUGUUGUCCAAUAAUUUUUUUGGAUUUGAGAUACCAAGAGCUGACACACCACUCCAUCAAGAAAUUGGUCCUGUUCUACCUGACACUUUCCCAGGUCUAACACCAGCUCUUGAUUCAUUUCUUGCUGCUCAUCCUCGAACACUGUACUUUGCACUUGGAACUCUUGCUAUCAUGCCUCCUCAAAGUGUUAUCUCCCUUUUAACAUCUUUUCUUGAAUUAAUUGAACAAGACGUAAUUGAUGGUGUUAUAUGGUCUACUGUAAAAACGAAUAUCUCGGAUUCUUUUCAAUUAGCUAAUUCUAAUUCCCUGUUAUUUAACAUAUUAAAUAACAUUCAUCCUCAUUUUCAUAUCUGUAAAUAUUCUCCUCAAUUCGCUAUACUAUCUCAUGAAAAUACUAAACUAUUUUUAAGUCAUGGUGGUGCCGCUAGUUGUCACGAAUCUAUGUAUACCGCUACUCCAAUGCUCGUGCUUCCUAUGAUGAGUGAUCAAUUUAGAAAUGCUGAAAAAUUAGAAUUGGCUGGUAUAGCUUUAAAAAUUUCAAAAACGAAUUUAAAUGUUGAUGAUAUAAUAUUGAAAGUUAAAAGGUUAUUAUUUGAUCAAAGUUUUAAAAAAAAUGCUGAAAGAUUACAAUUUUUGGCUAAAGUUAAUAGUAAAAGGAAAUAUAGAGCUGCUGAUUUAAUUGAAAUAGUCUUGAAUACUGUAAAAUAUGAAGGUAUUGAAGAUGAUAAUGGUAAAUUUAAAAUUAAUAAUGAAAAUUUAUUGAGAGAUUGGAUUACUCCUGAUUCGAGAAUGGGUUUUAUUAGAGGAACAUAUUUGGAUGUUUAUGCUGUCGCUAUUAUUCUCUUUUUGACCUUAAGUGGUGGUUUUGUUUAUGCUUUGUGGAAAAUUACUAUAUACUUUUAUAUUAAAUAUAGAGGGGAAAAUGGAAAUUCUCAAAGACAUUUAAAGCAUAAAGAAGAAUAUAAAAACAUUGAAAUUAAUUUAAAAGAUACAAAAUACAAUAAUGAAGGUUUACUUAUAAAAUCAGGCUUCAUGAAUUUUUGA